UACAACCUCUCCCACCACCCAUCAAACACCUCUUCAAUCUCUUCCUUUACUUCCCUUUCUGCACACUCGAUUCAAAACACACACUCAAACACCACCACCAGAUCAUAUCGAUAUGGCUGAAGAGAAACGCCACCAUGGCCUCUUCCACCGCCACAAGGAUGAUGAAGAGAAGCCCGUUGAUAAUGUCUACUCCGAGACUGGUAAUUACUCCACUGAUGGCCCUGGUGGCUAUAACCGUCCUGGGAAAACUGAUUACUCCGGUUCUGACACCACUGAUUACUCCGGUUCUGACCGUCCCGGUGGGUACUCCGACACCACUGCUUACUCCGGUUCUGACCGCCCUGGUGGGUUCUCUGAGACCACUGCUUAUUCUGGUGAUCGCCCGGGUGGCUUCAACGAGACCAAUGCUUACUCCGGCGAUCGCCCAAGUGGCUACAGCGAGACUACUGCUUACAACGAUUCUGAUCGCCCUGGUGGGUACAAGAACACCACUGACUAUCCCGAUUCUGAUCGUCCAGCUGGGUACAAGGACACCAACGAGGAAGGCGUUGACUACGACAAGGAAAAGAAGCACCACAAGCAUCUCGAGGAGCUUGGCGGGCUCGGUGCUGCCGCCGCUGGUGCUUAUGCUUUGUAUGAGAAGCAUGAGUCAAAGAAAGACCCAGAGAAUGCACGCAGGCAUAAGAUAGAAGAGGAGGUUGCAGCAGUGGCUGCAGUUGGAGCUGGUGGAUUUGCCUUCCACGAGCACCAUGAGAAGAAGGAGGCAAAUGAAGAGGAGGAAGAAGCUCAAGGAAAGAAGAAGCACCACCUUUUUGGUUGAAAAAUAAGAAAGGAUCGGCCUUUAUGACCUGUUCCGAGUGUAUUCAUGAACUAUGCGUUUUUCAUUAUUUUGUCUUGUGUUUAAUUAGAUAUGCCAACCAGUACUAUCUAUCAAGUAAAAAAAAAGGGGAUAUGGCACCAGUGAACAACUACCCUAAAUAAUACCUGUGUGAGAGAGGCAACUGAAUCUGUGAAUGCUUCCUUGGUUGGUAUAUGUACGUUUCCUUUUCAUGAA